CUGGGCACUCGCGCCCUCCAAAUAGCGAUGUGUGCCCCUGUGAUGGUGGAACUGGAAGGAGAGACAGACCCCUUGCUAAUUGCCAUGAAAGAACUCAAAGCACGCAAGAUCCCCAUAAUCAUCCGUCGUUACCUACCGGACGGGAGCUAUGAAGACUGGGGUGUGGAUGAAUUAAUUAUCACAGACUGA